AUGGUCACUGACUUCGAGCACAAACAGGUCGUUUUCAAAGGACACACAGAUGAGAAUCACUCACGCGAAGCCCAGGAGGACCCUGCCGACAGAUACAGCUCUGUUCAAGGCCGGGGAUGGGUGGCUCAAGACUCUGCUGCACGCGUGGGAGAUCGGCAGCAGACAGGCCGAAGCUUUGGUUGGCUCACUUGCGGCUGCAUGGAUGGAGACUCUCUAAAGCUCUCUCUCAUCUCUCUCAUCUCCCUUUCUCUCUCUCUCUCUCAUCUCAUCUCUCUCUCUCUCUCUCUCAUCUCAUCUCAUCUCGUCUCUCUCAUCUCACCUCACAACGUGUGUCAAAUCCAUCAAAAUCAAAUCCAUCAUUUUGUCAACAACAAGCAAAACCUGCAGCACGCACGCACGCACCGACCCGGCAGGUGCCUGCCCAACACACCACGCCUGCCUGCCUGCCUGCCUGCCUGCUUGUCUGUCUGCCUUGAGACGUGGUGGCUGGGAUCAGCUCAAAACGUGAAGCCGACUUUCCCUCAAGUGUGGUGGCUGAGCUUGAGGGUGCGCGCGACCCCUACGCACCCCAGAUCGCGCCCCUCGUACUCCUUUUGCCUCGAAAAGACCAGCCCUACUACCUUUCACCCCUUGCCUUUUUACCCCCCUACCCCCCUAACCCCCUCCCUCCUCUCUCCUAUCUGCUACUCAGUCUUGCAGUCGGGAUUUCUCAUUCUUGAAGCCGGCUAUGUCAGUCGCUUCGGUCUAACUAAUAUCAUUUUCAAGAAUGUUUACGACACCAUGUUGAGCACGCUGGCUUUCUUCAUCCUCGGCUGGGCUUUUUCCUUUGGGGGUGAUGAUGACGGCUCUGCGGGCUACAUUGCUGGACACAAUGGCGCCAUGGCCGGACGCUGUACCUUCCUCACCUACACCGUCUACUCCCUCAUCCUCUGUGGGUUCAGCUACCCCAUCCUCGUGCAUUGGACCUGGUCCUCCACCGCCUGGCUCGCCGAGGGCAACGGUGAUGGCAACGGCUUUCGUGACUUUGCUGGCUCGGGGGUCGUCCACAUGCCCCAUUCCACCGCAUUCAUUGGCACGGGUACCAUGAUCAUCUUUUUUGGCUUUCUCUUUUUCAAUGGCGGCACGGCCAUCGGCCUCGCCCACAAUAUUGGCGACAGUGUCAACGCAGUACCUUUGGCCAUUACAAAUACCAGCAUUCUCGCGGGUUGCGUUAGCAGCUGUGCUUCGGCUGGCUGGGUUGAACCUUGGGCUGCCUGCAUCAUUGGCAUUGGCGGUGGCCUGACGUACUACGGCGCGAGUGGUUUGCUGGAGCGCUUUCGAAUCGAUGACGCACUCGAAGCCAGUGCCGUACAUGCGGGGGCCGGGGCUUGGGGUCUCAUUGCUGAGGCCAUCUUUCAUCAAGAGCUUGGCAUCGCCUAUGCUGGCGACGCCAACAGCUUUCGCCACCUCGGUUGGCAAAUUCUGGGCAUUGUGGUCAUAGUUCUAUGGAUUGGCUUGGGCGUUGUCGUGUCGCUCGUCCCACUCUGGUGGUAUGGGCUUCUGCGCAUCAGUGCCCGUGCCGAGAAACUGGGUGCGUUACAUACGGCUCGUCACGAUCGCAGCGCCCUAAAUAACACGCAGCAAAAGGCUCACCUCGUCAACGUGUCUUGCUUCUCAGGCAUUGACUUGUUUCAGCAUCAUGAGAUCAGCUGGGACUUGCAGACUCAGAUGGUGAUGGAUGAUGCUGAGCGAAACCUACCCUCGCGGAUCGUCAAGAACAUGUAUAGCGACGCCCAUCCUUCCCGCGACCCAAGUCAAGCUGGUGACACUGGCAGCGCAGUACAGAGCCUCACCAUGCCGACCUCAUUGAGCCGAGUCCAGUCCCUUCGUCGGCGGGAGCGCGAUUUCCGCACCGGUCUUCACGAUCGCGACGGGCCGCCACCACCAAGCCCGCUGCAUCACACAAUCCUGGUGAAUAAUGACGACGCAAACCGUCGCACGCUACCCCGCGAUUCAAUGACCUCGGUGGUGGUCGCAACAGAGGCGAUUGAGCCUCCACCCGAAGCUCAGCGGGAAUCCGUGGGCAAUGAAUUCGACUUUUUUGACAGUGAGCGCAUCACCUCAGCGUUGACCAGCGCCAACCCAAAACCCCUCUCAAGUGUGGACUCGAUCUAUUCGGGCAAAGGCAGCGUGAUCAGUGAGUCUUGCCUUUAG